AUGUCUCCCUUCGAAAAUAAAGGACUAAUACUGGGCAUAAUGGCAGGGACUGCUGGAAUAAGCCUGAUGCUGAUUUGGUACCGUAAGAUCCGAAAACCCAGUGCAUCUGUGCGUAUACCUGUGUUCCGAGAUGUAGGUAACAGGCUUAAUUCUGUGGGCUUGCAAAAUGAAGCUCCUAAUGAGCAAGGAGUAGUAAUGGUUUUACACGGAAGGCAACUGCAGAUACUAGAAAAAUUGAAUGGCUUGCUAAUAAGUGUGGACGAACUGAAGAGAGAGGUGAAGUUUCUGAAAGAAGCUAUUCCAAAACUUGAAGAGCUUGUUCGAAAUGAGCUUCAAGGGAAGGGAGGUGUUCAGAGAGUUAGCCCAUCACACAGAGCAGCAAAGCGGAGGAAAGCUGAGACAGCUUCUGGUGCAACAGAAACUACCAGCUCUGAGGAGGCCGAAAGUGAAGGAGGUUAUCUUACAGCUCAUACUGAUUCUGAAGGAGACUCCGAGGAAGAAAAGGGAUGUAUGAAAUCACUCGAUGCCAUUGUGAAUUCAGAAGAAGAAGAAGAGUUAUUUAAUCUUUUACAGCAGGUGGACGAUUUGCACAAGGGUUCAGAGGAUGAUAAAAAGGAGGGCUUCAGGCUGCUGCUUGAGAAAGAUGACAAGUAUGAAAACUGUGUGGACUUCCUUUGGAGACUUGCACGCGCUUAUGGAGAUCUCUUUGAGAUGACUACUGAUGCUGAGGAGAAGAGGAAAUAUGUUACUGAUGGAAAGAUUAAAGCUGAAAAGGCUGUUCAACUGGAUGCCAGGAGUGCUGAGAGUCACCAGUGGUUUGCAAUUAUGUGUGGCUAUAUGUCUCAGUUUGAAAGUGUACAAAACAAAAUCAGGAAUGGUUAUCUCUUUAAGGAGCAUCUAGACAAAGCAAUUGAACUUAAGCCUCAAGAUCCUUUUUUAUAUUACCUACAUGGAAGAUGGUGCUAUUCAGUAGCUCAGUUGUCUUGGAUUGAAAAGAAAGUUGCUGCUGCUCUCUUCGGGACUCCACCAACUUCAACAGUGGAAGAAGCACUGCAGAAUUUCCUUAAGGCAGAAGAAAUGCGUCCAGGAUAUUCCAAAUACAAUUAUGUGUAUUUGGCAAAGUGCUAUAAAGAUCUUGGCCAGAAAAACAAUGCACUGAAGUACUGUGAUUCUGCACUGUCAAUUCUCUCAGUUACUAAUGAGCGUGACACACCUCUUGGUCUGGAAGGACUCUAUCCAAAGGAUAAAGAGGCCCAGAAAGACUUAGAGGCUUUACUUCUCACACUGAAGCUGUGAUACUACACACUUUUUAACUCUUCACGCUGUGAUAAAAUUGCAAAACUAAAAUGAGAAUCUAUAGUGACUGGGAACUGCGGGUGAACUCCAGCUAAGUUAAUGGGAAAACUGUCAUUGAUUUUAGUUGGCUUGGAUCAUGGCCUUUAAGCAUCUGGUGAUUAUGAUAUGAAAAUGUUGCAUUCAUUUUUGAUUAUUUAUAAUCUUGUACUGAAGUUUAAUUUUAGAUUGCUGACACUGUGAGUCUGAUUCUCUGAACAUGAAGUCCACUGCUGGCAAUGGACAUACUGGGGGUUAGAAUGCAAAAGGCAUAAAUCUCACUCUUUGAAAGAUUAACCGACUAGUACGUGAUGCCAGCACAGAACUGUGUGUAGCAAAAACAAACAAACAAAAUGUUUCUAUAGUGAAUUAUAUUUGUAUCAACUAAUGUGUACAAAAGAAAAUCAUGAAUGUUUAUGUUUACACGUUUCUCUACUCUUAUAAAAUUAGAAUCUUGUUGAAGUUAAAGAAAAAGCUUUUGCCUCUAUGAAGCUGUUUUCACUUUAAACCUACUGUUGGUUUUACACAGAAAUGUGAAAACUUUAUAAAUGAAAUAUUAAAGUUAUAUUUUAUUUGUAACAUCAAGUACAAUAUUAAAAUUCAGG